AUGUGGUUGAAUGGGAUUUCGGCAGUACAUUUUUCUCACAAUCCGCUGACAGACAGCAUUCCUUCGCAGCCCACAUCAAUGUCAGGUGUGCACAGAAGUCAACUUCCUCUCUUCAAAUUCAAAACUCGUCAUGAAACCGUCAACUGGAGGCGAAUUAGUGCCAUUGACGUGGACAGAGUGGCUCAUGAACUGGAUUUUGUCACUUUGCAGGAAAAUAUAAUGAAUAUCACCUUUUGCAACAUGGAUACUGAAAAAUGUCCUUAUUGUCAAAAUCCGCUGGAUCCUACUCUGUUAAAACUGUUCAGAUUGGCACAGCUCACGAUAGAAUAUCUUCUUCAUUCUCAAGAGUACCUUACAGCUAACUUGCAGAUGUAUGAAGAAAAAUUGCAAGCAUCAGAAUUUGGAAAAGAGCAAAUCAAAAAGGAACUUUGCAAUUUAUCUGAUGAAAUGAAGUCUCAGAAAGAGGAAUGCAAACGCAGGAAGCAGAUCAUUUCUUCUCAACAGAUGAUGAUUCAGCCUGGUGCUAAUAAUUAUUAUAAGUGCCAAUAUUGUGACAAAACUUUUAUGAACAGUUUCUAUAUGCAAAGUCACAUUCAGCGUCGGCACCCAAAUAAUACUGAUGUUGGUGAUAUCUCUGAAAAGCAGAAGAAGAAUGAAUCUGAUAAGAUCCAGGAUGAAAUAGAUCAGUUGAAAAAGCAAUUACAACAUAUUCAGUCCCAGCUAGAAACUGAGAAGCAGCUGUAUUUUAAAACACAUUCUCAGGAACUUGAAAAAAGAAGAAUGGAAGAAAAUGAAACAACAAAAAGCUUUGAAAGAUGGAAGGAGGAAGAAAAAAAGAAGCUGAAUAGUGAGAUGGAGAAAAUGAAAGAAAUGCUUGCUGAAGAGUUUAGAGAAAUGACUGAAAAGAACGCUGCAUUGGAAAGAGAACUUUUGCAGAUAAAGAGUACUAGCAUGCAACUUAAAUCUAGUCUUGGAGCUUUGAAAAAUGAACAUGAACACAACAUUCAGGAGGAAAGCCGACGAUACCAACAGGAAGUGAAGGAUCUUAAGAAUAUUUUGGAAAAACGGGAAAAUAAGUGGACUUCGGAAAUAAACAGUCUUUUUGAAAGACAUGACCAUGAGAAACAAAAGCUGCAGCUUGAAAUAGAGAGCUUGAUGUCAUCGAUUACAAAAUAUCAGAAGGCAAAUUCUUGUUACUACAAGAAAAAGAUGAAAGAACUAGAUCAAAAACUGCAUGAUCAGCAUCAACUGAUAACUCAUCAGAAGGAAGAGCUGAAAACAUGUUCUGUCAAAUCGCCAGGGCCAGGGAAGAAAUUGGAACCAUCAUGAAAUUCUGCGUGACUGGUCAGAACUUUAAUGAAGCAAAACAUCUCAAGACACAUCAAGGUGAGCAAAUGAGAUGCAGUUAUCGGGGAG